UCUACGGAGGACAGCGAGCACAACACCACAGUGUUUACCAAGAUCCUAGACAGCCUUCUGGACGGCUAUGACAACCGCCUGAGGCCAGGACUAGGAGAGCGUGUAACUGAAGUCAAGACUGACAUUUUCGUGACUAGUAUCGGGCCAGUUUCGGACCAUGACAUGGAGUACACCAUUGAUGUGUUCUUCAGACAGAGCUGGAAGGAUGAAAGGUUAAAGUUCAAGGGUCCAAUGGCUGUGCUGCGUCUCAACAAUCUCAUGGCCAGCAAGAUCUGGACGCCAGACACAUUCUUCCACAAUGGCAAGAAGUCUGUGGCCCACAACAUGACGAUGCCCAACAAACUAUUGCGUAUUACAGAAGAAGGCACGCUACUCUACACCAUGAGGCUGACUGUGAGAGCAGAAUGCCCGAUGCACCUUGAAGACUUCCCAAUGGACGCCCAUGCCUGCCCACUCAAGUUUGGCAGCUAUGCUUACACCCGAGCCGAAGUGGUGUACGUAUGGACCAAAGGAGUUGAUAAUUCCGUGGUGGUGGCGGACGACGGUUCAAGGUUAAACCAGUACGAUCUGAUGGGGCAGAGUGUGGCUUCUGGAGUGGUACAGUCCAGCACAGGCGAGUACGUGGUGAUGACGACCCACUUCCACCUGAAGAGAAAAAUUGGCUACUUUGUAAUCCAGACCUAUCUGCCCUGCAUCAUGACGGUCAUCCUCUCACAGGUGUCCUUCUGGCUCAACAGAGAAUCCGUCCCAGCCAGGACUGUCUUUGGAGUAACCACUGUCCUGACCAUGACCACCCUCAGUAUCAGCGCUAGGAACUCCCUCCCCAAAGUGGCCUACGCCACCGCUAUGGAUUGGUUCAUUGCCGUGUGCUACGCCUUCGUCUUCUCUGCCCUCAUCGAGUUCGCCACGGUCAACUACUUCACCAAGAGGGGUUACGCCUGGGAUGGAAAAAGUGUUGUGCCAGAGAAGCAAAAGAAGAAGAAGGAGUCCAUGUUAAAAAAGAACAACACGACAGCAUACCCGGCUGCCACUGCUACAGCCUUCGCUCCCAACAUUGCCAGGGACCCUGGCUUGGCCACCAUUGCCAAAAGCGCUCCCCCACCUCCAACUGAGCCCAAGGAGGAGCCAAAGCCCAAGCCCCCAGAGGCCAAGAAGACCUUUAACAGCGUGAGCAAGAUAGACAGGAUCGCCAGAAUAGCCUUCCCGCUGCUCUUUGGAACCUUUAACUUGGUCUACUGGGCCACCUACUUGAAUAAGAAGCCCAAACUGCAAGGGAUGACUCCACACUAA